AGUCGAACUUUAGAAAGAGAGAAGACUCAGGGGACACCAAGUGGUCCGUUUCGUUCUUCGUUACGUUUUACUAAUACAGCACGACACAGCAUAAAAAGCACCUGUGGAGAAUUGAUUUUAGAAACAAAAUAGACUGCUCAGGAGUUUUGACAAGAUGCAAUCUCUUGACACAGCUAAGCACGAGGCUAGCGCCCCGUCUCGUGCGAACGUAGUGGACCGCUUAACGGUUAAGCAGCCUCGUGCUGGGGUUGCAGCCUCUUCCUCCACCUAUGGCGCGGAGAUCUCCGCCCACCUGCGUAACAUCUUAGGAGAAACGAGCCAGGGCAAAAAGCCCUACAGUACGUAGCUCUAGUUCGUCAGCGUCUUCGAGUAAUAUAACAGUCAGAGCUGAGCCGUUCGCUUACUAAGUAUGCGGCUCCGAUUAUUGGAGGUACCGAUCUUGAGACUUCUUUGCAUGGAACGCACUGUGUGUAUCUCUAUUGGAAGAAAUCCUUGAGAUAUCUGAGAGAUCUUUAGAUUUUUUAGAAAUGAAAGUGACAGUUUUCACUUUCAGAGGUCUUGGGAAUGGAUUUGGAUUUUCAGAGGUCUUUAGGCCGUAUUUCCUUGGAUAUUGCUUUUUGAUUUUUUUGAGUUUGCGAUAUCUACUUUAGAUUUUCUUUUGAGGAAGCAAAAAGCCUGAAGAAGGUGCUUCUUGAGUCAAUUAGUCUUCAAAAGAAGACUCAUUUCUUUAGAAUUUUUUAAAUACAGCAACUCCUUGUUAUCCUUCAUCCGGGGUAGUGCUAAUGAGUGACUUCUUUUGCGAAGUAUCCUAUAGAUCUACUCUUUUGAACUCUUUUCGUCAGAUUUCCUGUCACAUACUGAUACUCGAUUGAUUAGCGCCGAGGAUGGUGUAGAGUUCGUAUUUAGAUUUUUUAGAACAGAGCUCGGCUUCGGACUUUUAGACUUUUUAGAAAUAGCGUCAGCCUGCUCACCAGAUUUCUCAGAGAGAAAGCAUUAGAUUUCUUCCUCCAAAUUUUUUAGAUCGUUGGAAAAUGGCUUGCCAUUUCUUGGCAGGGUGUUGACGCUGUAGUCGACCUUUUUUAAAUCCUCUAAGCACAUUUUUAGGAGUGCAAUCUCACGACCAGAAGCCAUCCAAUUACUUCCAACUUAAAAACAAGAACUGCGCGCACUUGCGCUUAAUAAGAGAGAGGUAGCCUUUGUAUUUUUCAACUGUCAGGUGGCGACGUUUUGGUGCGUGACUUUUUUCCGAAAAUUAAUAGUCUCACUCCACAGUGCGAACGGCAAGGCCCUGGCAAUGAUGUUAUAUCGCUUUUCUAAAUUUUAUACAGUGGAAGUAGUAGGGCAGUGGCCUUCUAUGUCCUUGGGGUGGGUACAUUCAUUCAUCCACUCUAACUCAGUAAACUAUGCUAUGUCUCUACAUCGUUUGCCUUCUCGCUCUCAGUCGGAUUCUAAAUUAUCUAAAUUAGCCUAA